AUGAAUACCCUUUCUGGAAAAGUUUGCCUGGUGACAGGAGCCAGCCGUGGAAUUGGCAAAGGUAUUGCCAUACAACUGGGUGAGGCUGGUGCCACAGUCUAUGUAACUGCACGAACCCUUCAGAGAGACAAUGAUGUGCCAUGGAAAGGUUCCUUAGAAGAGACUGUUGAAGAGAUUGAAGUCCGUGGGGGUAAAGGUAUUGCAGUUCAGGUUGACCAUAGCAAUGAAGAUGAAGUCAAAAUGCUUUUUGAAAGGAUCCGGAGAGAACAGAAUGGCCAACUUGAUCUUUUGGUCAAUAAUGUCUUUUCAGCUAUUAAGGUCAUCAUACAGAAUAUAGGCUCACCAUUCUGGGAUCAACCUUUUUCAUAUUGGGAUGAAGUGAGUCAUGUUGGACUCAGCCAUAUUGUUUUCAUUUGUAGAAAUCAUUACCUCUGUUCAGUUUAUGCAGCUCAAAUGAUGGUGCCUCGAAAGCAAGGUCUCAUUGUUAAUGUAUCUUCAGCAGCUGGUUUGUUCUAUACAUAUUCUGUAGUCUAUGGAGUUUGUCAAGAAGCUCGUAAACUUGAAUCAAAUAUUUUGCAUGGGGAAACACCAGAAUAUAUUGGUAAAUGCAUUGUCCAUCUACUUCGAGACCGAGCCAUUUUGAAAAGAUCUGGACAUGUGUUAUUGACUGCUGAUUUGGGAGAUGACUAUGGAUUUACAGAUGUCGAUGGUAAGUUCCUCAAUUUUUGCCCAUCAAAAACUAGGAAGACAUAA